GCCACCGCCGGGAAGAUGGGUCAAAAAUGGGUUAGAUAUAGAAGCAUUGCACAUAAAGAAAGCUUAAAGCUUAGUGGUGGUUCUUCAUUCUAGAAGUAGAAGUCCCAUCAUGCCAGCUUUUUUUCUCUCUGUGAACCCCACUGAUUGAGUGGGAAUGUGCAGUUCUUUUUUUGUCUUCGGUUUUUCAAUUUUACUUGCUGCAUCGCUGUUUUAGCCUCUGGGACUAAUUGUCCUCCUCCUUUCGUGGCUGUCUCCGUGAGAAGAACCAGUCUGAAGCAGUUGUAGAAGAAGGGAGAAGUGGAGAAGGAGGAGGAGGAGGAGGAAAAGGAAGGGGGAAGAUGUCUAAUUAUGCCUUCUUGAAUGACCAGCUCUCGAAGCGGACCUCCAUUUUUGGUUUGCGCUUGUGGGUUGUUCUGGGUAUUUGCGUUGGUGCCGCCAUUGUCAUCGUUCUCUUCCUCAUUUCGCUAUGGUUCACCUCCAGGCGCAACAGUUCCUCUAAAUCUAAGCCCUCUCUGAACCCCACUAUCCCAAAUGUCUCCAAGGAAAUCCAGGAAAUACGAAUCGACCAUUCGCGGAACCCAACUCAUUCUGACCCAAAAGUUCAAUUGGCUUCUAAUCCUGAGCCGUUGCCGGAGGCAGAGCCUUUGGCCACUCUGCUUCAGACGGAAGAAGGGAGCCCAGUGAGUGGGCGUCAUAGAAUUCACAUUGAAAUUGGGAAGGACCACCGGAUUUCGUACCCGGAGAAAGGCGGCGGUUCGUCCCACGGCAGCGGAGAAGCUCGGUCAGGCGAUCAGGCACCGUUGGCUGUGCCAGAGGUAUCGCAUUUGGGUUGGGGACAUUGGUACACUCUCAGAGAGCUGGAGUAUUCUACUAAUGGUUUUGCGGAUGAAAAUGUGAUUGGUGAGGGUGGAUAUGGUAUUGUCUACCGUGGUGUUCUCGAGGACAAUACUAUUGUAGCUGUAAAAAAUUUGCUCAAUAACAGGGGACAGGCUGAGAAGGAGUUUAAGGUUGAAGUGGAAGCAAUUGGACGUGUUCGGCACAAGAAUCUGGUGCGUUUGCUCGGCUAUUGUGCUGAAGGAGCUCAUAGGAUGCUUGUUUACGAGUACAUUGAUAAUGGAAACUUGGAACAGUGGCUUCAUGGAGAAGUUGGACCUUGUAGCCCUCUCACAUGGGACAUUCGAAUGAAUAUAAUUGUUGGAACAGCAAAGGGGUUAACCUACCUGCACGAGGGGCUUGAGCCUAAGGUGGUUCACCGUGAUAUCAAGUCAAGUAACAUUUUGCUCGACAAGCAAUGGAAUCCAAAGGUCUCUGACUUCGGCCUAGCAAAGCUUCUCGGCUCAGAGAGGAGUUAUGUGACAACCCGUGUGAUGGGAACUUUCGGAUAUGUAGCUCCAGAAUAUGCUAGUACUGGCAUGUUAAAUGAAAAAAGUGAUGUAUAUAGUUUCGGUAUUCUCAUUAUGGAGAUAAUUUCAGGGAGAAAUCCAGUAGAUUAUAGCCGCCCUCCAGGAGAGGUGAACCUAGUUGAGUGGCUUAAAACAAUGGUUAGUAAUCGAAACGCAGAGGGAAUUUUGGAUCCAAAGUUGCCUGAGAAGCCUUCAACAAGGGCUCUUAAACGUGCUCUGUUAGUAGCUUUACGGUGCGUGGAUCCUAACAUUCAGAAGAGGCCGAAAAUGGGGCAUGUAAUUCAUAUGCUUGAAGCUGACGAGUUUCCUUUCCGAGAUGAUCGUAGAGUGGGACGGGAACCGGGACGAUCGCUUCUAAAGGAAAGGCUCAUGGAAAGGCUUGUGAGUGAAUCUGGAGACAGCAGUGGAUAUGAAAGUGGAGCAACCCAAGCAAGCCAACAUCUAUGGAGAAAGCAAGAACUUGAAGAACAACAGCCUCGUGAACCUCACACUUUAAGGUGAUGUAGACCUUCUCUUUUCGUACUCAGUUGACGGGGAGGCUUCUGAAUGAACUUGUAUGCCCAACUCACAUUAUUAUCAAUCAGGCUACACUAUUCUUCCAAAUGCUGGAAAAAAUCUUAUCAUAAAUUGUUUCCCGGCAGUCCCUCCCCACUGUUGCACUUGUACCGAACAAUCUGUAUAAUGUUUUUGUAUAAUCUUUUGGGUUUUCGGUCUCCCACAUCUUCUAACGAUUAUCAUCACCAAAAUUAGUUAUUUGUAACUGUAAUUACUGCAGUCGGAAGGACAGUUGAUACCUUUUGGGUCAAA